UCCUCUUCCCAUCCACCUGCACUGCUGAUGAAGGCCGCAAGAGAAGAAAUGCCAAGUGGAAGGGAUCUAAUGAAACACGCAAUUUUGCAGUACAAGUCGUGAUUGCUUCAUGAAAUGUACAGGCGGUUCAUAGAACAUCGAUGAAAGCCGCCACGUCCGAACAGAAGACGAGAGCUGGCCCGUACUGGAUGUAGCUUAGUCUUACUGUCGGCUCCGUGGGGGUGCUCCUGCAAUGAUCACUCAACAAUUCUUCGUUGACUUCCGAAGCUUGAGCCUCUCGAGGGCUCAAAUCUAGUCUAAACUCCUGCUGAUCGCAUUUGUAGCAUUUUAAAGAUAGGAGAUCGACGUAUACUUUAAGACCAGCUGCCUUCUGGGAAUGAGUUCAGUCUUACUUACCCAGUGCACGUGUGGUCAGCUACUUUGGGAUCAGGUCCUCAGUUUGUUUUUCUGCAGACAUGGCUGCGAUUGUUCUCAUAAUCUGGACUCUUCUGAUUUUGCUCAUCACAACGGCUGUAAGAAAAUUCAACAACUGGUGGUAUGAGCCGAAUGAAAAGUCUCUUGCUGCUCCCCUUCCACCAGGUGAUCUAGGCUGGCCAAUAUUUGGUCACAUGUACAGCUUCUUGCGGGCAUACACAUCUUCCAAUCCUAAUGCGUUUACAGAUUCCUACCUUGAGAAAUACGGAAAGUUGGGAUUGUACAAAACACACCUCUUCAGCCAGCCAACGAUAUUGACGACGUCAAGCGAUGCAUACAAAUGGGUCACUGCCCACGGAGACCAUUUUCUUCCAGGCUGGCCAGAUUCCUUCAAUAUGCUAUUCGGUUGUAACUCAAUUUCACUUUUGGCUGGGGACAAGCACAAGCGUAUGAAGAGGCUUACGGGUCCAUCUUUGCAAGGAACUGACACGCUAGCAAGGUUUGCACUGCAAAUAGCCGAAGAAGACGUCAGAGAGCUUGAGACCUGGGCCCGCGAGAAGGUGAUCAACACCUAUGAUGCCGUAACCAAGUUGAUAUUUGACAGGAUGAUGAAGAUUCUAAUCAGUUGCGAAGAACGAUCUGAGCUGGACGAAAUUGCCAGGAUUUUUUCCAAGUUUAUACUCGCAGUACGAGCUAUCCCGAUUAAUCUUCCGGGAACUGCACAUCACAAAGGCCUCAAGGCACGGCAGAGGCUACGUGAGAAGCUGACACCAGUCAUUUCUCGAAGACGAGCAGGUGAGCGUAAAGAUGAUGUUCUGCAACUGUGGAUGGAUCAAUCUGAUGACGAUGGACAACCGAUGACCGAUGAAGAACUCCUGGAUAUGAUCGGAGGCUAUAUGAUUGCUGGGCACACGGGCUCUGCUCUCAGUCUUACAUGGUUCAUGAUUUUUAUGAAUGAGCAUCCAGAAGUGCUCGAGAAAGUUCGGGUGGAAGCUCAAGAAGUCCGGAACACAAAACCCCCCGGAGAACCGCUGAGCUAUUUCGACACCCGGAGGUUGAAGUAUCUUCGUCAUGUACAUGACGAAAUUCUGCGCAUUGUGAAUAUUGCACCUUUCACCUUCCGAAAGGUGAAAGAAACGAGCACUAUCAAUGGUUUCACCAUCCCGAAAGGUUGGAGAGUGCAGCUGAUGUCUCGAGCUAUUCAUUACGACCCCGACAUUUACGCCAAUCCAUAUGUCUUCAAACCAGAUCGAUGGAUUGGUCGACUUCUCAAGCCAGGACAGUUCGCUGCUUUCGGUGAAGGUCAGAGGGCAUGUCCUGGCCAGCAGUUCGCAAGACUCAACGUUGUUAUCAUUGCCUACUACUUAGCUUUGGAUUACAAGUGGGAGCCUCUCAAAUCAACGUACAAAACCAAAUUUCUCCCCCAUCCGCAUCCGACAUGCGGGUACCCUGUAAAAUUCACUCGUCGUGUGUGCAGCUAAAUUCAAUGUCAUGCACUUCCUUCUAGAAGUAGAUAGAAAUCUUAGAAAGCUUCUUCGCUGCAUAGUGGACAAGCUUGAUAUCCUGUGGAUAGAGUCUACGUGUACAUUAGUCAGUCUUAGGUGGCGUGUCACUGAUUAUCUUCUCCUAAGAGCCCUUGGUGAAUGAUGUUUUGCGGGCUUCCAGACGACUAUAAUCUAGCGGUGUGUGAUGUAUUUCGGUACAUUGACAAAGUUCUCGUACUAGGUACCAUCUCUCCUUCGUCGAUUGUUGUCAGGUUUCCUGACUUACAAGUGCUCUAUGAUUCAUUUCCCGAUUCAUUUUAAGUGUCUGCCAUCGAGAAUGACAGUCAAGUGUUUAUAUAUAAUCUUCUUUCUAAGACUCACAAAAAGCUCUUGCCACGUGUUUCUUUGGUACGUUUGCUGCUAGCAUGGUGAAGAACGUUCGCCUAUUUGUGGCUUACAAAAUAACCAGAACAUCUCA